AUGGAAUCCAUUGUAAACUGCCAGCUCAUGAGGUACCUUGAGGAUCACCAGCUGAUUAGUGACCGCCAAUACGGUUUUCGCCGUGGUAGGUCAGCUGGUGAUCUUCUGGUCUACCUAACUCACAGAUGGGCGGAGGCAGUAGAGUCCAAGGGGGAGGCAUUGGCCGUUAGUUUGGACAUUGCGAAGGCCUUCGAUCGGGUUUGGCACAAAGCGCUUCUUUCGAAGCUCCCUUCCUAUGGGCUUCCCGAGAAAUUGUGCGAUUGGAUCACCAGUUUUCUUGCAGAUCGGAGCAUCAAGGUCGUUGUAGACGGUGCAAGCUCCGAUUGCAAGCUUAUUAAUGCUGGUGUUCCACAGGGCUGCGUGCUAUCGCCAACGCUGUUUCUUCUGCAUAUCAAUGAUAUGUUGCAAACCCGUAGCAUUCAUUGCUAUGCAGAUGACAGCACUGGUGAUGCUCUUUACACCGGCCGAGCCAAUAUUUCUCGGGAAAACGUCUCUGAGUGCCGGGACAAACUUGUGUCUGAAGUCGAGUCUCUGCUGGACAGAGUCUCGAAUUGGGGGCGACUAAAUCUAGUCCAGUUUAACCCCCAGAAGACACAAGUUUGCGCGUUAACCGCUAAACAGAACCCCUUUGUCGUAUCCCCUCAGUUUCAAGGCACUCCCCUUGUUGCCUCAGCCAGUAUCGGAAUCCUCGGCGUCGACAUAUCGAGUGACGUGCAGUUUCGUGGUCACUUGGAAGGGAAGGCCAAAUUGGCCUCUAAAAAAGCUUGGCGUGCUCAGCAGAGCGGGACAGUAUUUCAUGCCGGCACACCGCCUGCAACUUUACAAGGCGCAGGUUCGGCCGCUCAUGGAAUACAGUCAUGGACCUCUACGUGGUGUCAGGGACCUCUACAUGGUGUCAGCGUACUUUAA